AGGAGGCUGGCUCAUCGACCCUCGAUUCACUACGCAUUUCUGUGCUGCUUCCCUUGAAGUCCUCCACUUCGUUGAACCGUGGGGAAAAUUGAAUACUGAUCAAGGCGGUUAGGUGAAUACGAUCCAUCUCGGCCAUGGCUACACCAGUUUACUCCAGCUAUCCACCUUCCCUGAGCCCCGCGCAGGAGAAAUUCCUGGUCUCGACGGUGAAAGACUGGGCCAUUCAGAACGGCCUGGUUGUGCGGCCUUCGCCGUUGGUUGUUCCUGAGGGUGUGAACUCGAAGGGCGUGCUGGCAACGAAUGCUCCGGUGACCUUGUUUCCGAGCCCGUUCCCUAGGGCGUGCUUCGAGGAGGCCCUGGCUUUGCAGACCGUGUACAAUGAGCUGUAUGCCAAUAUUUCGUGCGACGAGGAGUGGCUAUGCAAGAUCAUGGAAGAUCUGAUCGAUGUUGAUGACUUUAUGUCGAACCUCUGGAAAGUACAUCUUGCAGUGAAGAAGGAAGGCUAUGUCCAGCCAUUGUCGCUUGGUCUUUUCCGCUCUGACUACAUGGCUCAUACCCCGUCAACAGCCUCCAGCUCGUCUUUGAAGCAGGUAGAGUUCAACACGAUAUCAUCCUCCUUUGGUGGUCUAUCAGUCGGCGUUUCAUCUCUUCACAGAGAGCUUCUUUCGUCUCCCUCGGGUUUGCCCACGAGCUUCCCCGCGCAUCCCUUGUUUGACAAUAACUUGCCUCCAGAGAACACCGCAGUGGUGACCUUGUCCGGAGGACUAGCCGCUGCACACGCGGCCUAUGGAUCGUCGAAAUCGUCCCCGGCUCUGCCAUUGUGCAUCAUCUUCAUUGUCCAGCAAGGCGAACGAAACAUCUUUGACCAAUUGGCUCUGUCCAGGCAGCUUACGCAAGUUCAUAAGAUCCCGGUUUUCCGCGUGACCACCAAUGAGAUCUUGGAUGUCACGUCGAUAUCGGAUUCGAAUCCUAACCGACCUCUUCUCUACACUCCCCCUCAGUCUCGCGACACACCAUUUGAGGUGACAACGGUGUAUCUCCGCGCGUUUUAUGACCCUGGAGAUUAUACGUCUGCGCGCGACUGGGAGGCAAGGACGCUCUUGGAACGCUCAGCUGCCAUCAAAUGCCCGACAGUCCUCAACCAACUCUCGGGUUGCAAGAAGGUUCAGCAGGUUCUCGCGGAACCCUCGGGACCGGACCACCUGUCCAGUUUUCUCAAGGGAGCGGACCCGAGCGUCAUUGCCAGGCUGCGUAAUACAUUUGCGCCCCAGUAUGACUUGACUUCCAAUGGCCAAGGAAGAGAGUUUGCCCUCAACCCCACAACUGCCGAGAACCACGUCCUGAAGCCACAGCGAGAGGGCGGGGGUAACAAUAUCUACAAGUCUGCUAUCCCUGAAUUCCUGCGCUCUCUCCCCGAGACCGAAUGGAAGCGAUGGGUCCUGAUGGAGCUAAUCCAGCCUCCGCCUCGCGCCCGGAACAUCGCUCUGCGAAGCGACGGCGAGGUGAUUCUCGGCGACGUCAUCUCUGAGCUGGGUGUUUAUGGGACCAUUCUUUGGGACCAGGGAGGCAAGAUCCUGCACAACGAUCAGGGAGGCUAUCUGCUGAGAACGAAGGGCAAGGAUGUCAAUGAGGGAGGAGUCGCGGCUGGAUUCUCCAGUCUCGACAGCGUCUUGUUGUUCUAGAUUAGACUGAGUAAUUGUUAUAGAAGUGUGUGUAUACAAUUCAAUCCUGUUGUAAUAUUCGUCUUGGUCGUGG